AACAAACUCACUGGCUUGAUUCCCAAUUCUCUUGGAUAUUUGACUCAUCUACAGUUAUUAAAUUUUGGGGGAAACAAUUUAACCAGUGACUCCUCAUUAAGCUUCCUGACUUCCUUAACCAAUUGCAGAAAUUUAACAUUUCUUGAUAUAUCUUUCAACCCUCUAAACGGCAUGCUUCCUGCCUCCAUGGCGAACCUUUCCACAUCUCUUAGAAAAUUUGUUGCCGACAGUUGUAAAAUCCAAGGGCGAAUUCUUAAUGAGGUUGGGAACUUAAGCAGCUUAUUAUUCCUUUAUCUUUCCGGAAACAACUUGGUUGGAUCGAUUCCCACAACAAUUGGCAACAUGAGAAACCUUCAGAGGUUCAACUUAAGUAACAACAAACUUACAGGAUUUAUUGGUGAUCAUAUAUGUAAAUUGCAGCAUUUGGGUGAUAUUUACUUGGGUCAAAAUCAACUUUCAGGAUCUCUUCCCAAUUGUUUAGGGAAUAUUACUUCCCUUAGGGUGAUACAUCUGGGUUCUAACAAAUUGAGUUCCAAUAUACCACCAAGCUUAGGGAACCUUCACGAUCUAGUGGUUCUUGACUUAUCGUCAAACAACAUGGUAGGUUCUUUACCUCCAGAAAUUGGAAAUUUAAGGGCUGUAACAAAGAUGGAUCUGUCGAUGAAUAAAUUUUCAAAUAGAAUUCCAAGAGAAAUUGGAGGAUUGCAAAAUCUUGCACACCUUUCAUUGAGACACAACAAGUUUCAAGGAUCUAUACCUGACUCAAUGAGCAGCAUGGUAGGUUUGGAAUUCCUAGACCUUUCUCACAAUAAUAUAUCUGGAAUCAUUCCUAAGUCAUUGGAGAAACUUCACAACUUGAAGUAUUUCAAUGUUUCUGUCAACAAAUUGUAUGGUGAAAUACCCUCGGAGGGUCCUUUCAAGAACCUCUCGAGUCAGUUUUUCAUCCACAAUGAAGCAUUGUGUGGUUCUUCAAGAUUUAGUGUCCCGCCAUGCCCCACAUCAUCAAAGCACAGAUCAAAUAGGAAAAUAUUGCUAGUUCUUUUUCUUUUGCUCGCAAUUGCAGUUGUAUUUGUUCCUACGACCUUUGUGCUCCUAUGGAUAAGGCAUAGAACAGGUAAGAGAGCGCCUGCACAAGCUGAGUCAUUGUCUACCGUAAGAAGAGAAAGAAUUUCAUACAAUGAAUUGCUCCAAGCAACUGAUGGGCUUAGCGAGAGUAAUCUGAUUGGUUUUGGAAGUUUUGGCUCUGUGUACAAAGGUAUUCUCAGCAAUGGAACUGCCAUUGCAGUUAAAGUGUUCAAUCUACAAGUGGAUGUGGCAUUCAAGAGUUUUGAUACGGAAUGUGAAGUUUUGCGUAGCCUUCGUCAUAGGAAUCUUGUAAAAGUCAUUACUAGUUGUUCCAACCUUGAUUUUAAGGCUUUUGUUCUCGAGUAUAUGCCUAAUGGAAGUCUUGAGAAGUAUUUGUAUUCGCACAACUACUUCCUAGACAUCAGGCAGAGGCUAAGCAUAAUGCUAGAUGUAGCAUGUGCGUUGGAAUAUCUUCACCAUGGGCGCACGUCGCCUGUAAUCCACUGUGAUCUGAAGCCUAGUAAUGUCUUGCUGGACGAGGAUAUGGUUGCCCACCUAAGCGACUUCGGCAUUUCAAAACUGCUUGGUGAAGAUGAGAGUGAUUUAUACACUAAAACCUUAGCAACAUUUGGGUAUAUUGCACCAGAGUAUGGACUAGAUGGUUUGGUAUCUAUAAAGUCUGAUGUCUAUAGUUACGGGAUCAUGUUGCUGGAAACGUUUACUAGGAGAAAGCCCAACGAGUUUGAGGGAAAUCUUAGCUUGAAGCAAUGGGUGAAUUAUUCUCUUCCAGAUGCAGUAAUGGACGUUGUAGAUGCCAACUUGGUAAUACCUAUGGGUAAUCACUUACAGAAAGAGCUAGAUGUUAUGGCUUCAACCAUGAAAUUGGCAUUAGAUUGUUGUGCUGAAUCUCCGGCAAGAAGGACAAACAUGAAAGAUGUUGUUGGGAUGCUGCAGAAGAUCAAGAUUCAACUUCUUGCACGUUGAGCAUGUUGUUGCAAUAUGUUAUUCCAAAUCACUUGUUUGUUUCAAUUUUUUUCUGAAUUGUUGUAUUCAUAUAAGGAUUGCUGUUUUGUUUAACACUUGGCUUGUAUUUAGAAAUGCUAGACGGUUGCUAUGAAUCUCACUGUUUCCUCUUUAUAUUAUUGUUGCAAAAUGGUGGAACUUGUAAAUUGAAUAACUAUAACCAAAUUGAUCCUCUUGAAAA